AUGCGCACCUGGAGCCGGCGUGGUCUGCGCGCCUCCGUCCACGCGCCGGAGGAGGUGCGGCCAGACCUGGGGGCGCUGCUCAGCACCACCAGGGGCGCCGUCGCCGUCUGCACUGCGCUCUCCUGUCCGGGCGCCCUGCAGAUCUUCCGCAAGGCUGCAGGCCGCCAGCUGCUGGGAGCUCAGCGCCACUGGCUGCUGCUGGGCGAGUCGGACCCUGAUCAGCUGCCGCAGCUGGCGCUGGACUCGAGCGUCACUCUGGCGACUCCAGACACGGCGACUCCCGGCUCCUGGCUGCUGAGGGACGUCUACGGUCUGGGCACUCGUCUCGUGGUGUCGCCACCCGUUGUCUGGCAACCGGGCAGCCCCAUGCCCGCCCCUCCUUCGCGGGACAACUUGCAAGGACUCGCCAUCAAGGCCGGCAUCGUCAAAGUGCACGAUGAUUUCUCUCGCUACGACGACCUACGUUACCGGCAUCUGGACACUUGGAGCAAACUACACUACGCCGUAUCCAAAGUGGCGGCAGCGCGGCUGAAUUUCACGCACAAUAUCGUGUUCGCCGACCAGUGGGGCACGCGCGUCACCAAGGACAUGUUCAACGGGCAGGUGGGCCAGAUACAGAGGGGCGAGGUGGACGUCGCCGUCGGCGGCGUCGCCCUGCGGGCCGAGCGCAGCGACGCCAUCGACUACACCACGCCCACUGGCCUCUUUCAGCCGGCGUUCAUGUUCCGGGAGCCGUCGCUGGCGGCGGUGAGCAACGUGUACACGCGGCCCUUCUCGCGCGGCGUCUGGCUCAGCUACUCGCUGGCGGCGCUGCUGCUCGCCCUGCUGGUGGUCGCCUCGCAGCGGCUGCUGGCCAGGGCGCAGGGCGUGCUCUCUGCCACUGCCGACCCCGCCGUCGCGCCGCCCUGGGCCGACGUACCGCUCGUCGCCUUCAGCAUCGUCUGCGAGGAAGGCAUGCAGGACCCGCCGCAGAACGCCUCUUCGCGCAUCCUGCUCAUGUUCCUGCUGGUGCUGGCCGUCUUCCACAUGACGGCCUACUCGGCGUGCAUCGUGACGCUCCUGCAGCUGCCCAGCAGCAGCAUCAAGACCCUGGAGUCGCUCUUCAGUUCCAAGAUGCGCAUCGUCAUCCAUGACCUGCCCUACAACAUCAACUACGGAAAUGCUGUACAGCAAAUGCGUUGUGGAUGUCUGCAGGAGACGAAGGAUCCGCUGAUCAAGUCCUUCUACCGGGAGCGCGUGUACUCGCAGCCGCGCAAAGCGUUCCGCCCGCUGGAGGACUGCGUGGCGCAGAUGCGCGAGGGCGGCGUGGCGUGCCACGCGGACGAGGCGGCCUACAAGGUGAUCGGCGACACCUUCCUCGAGUCGGAGAAGUGCAGCCUCAAGGCGGUGCCCAUGUUCCCGCUCAGGGGCAUCAUCAUGGCCGUCAGGAAGCAGUCGCAGUACAAGGAGAUCUUCUCCAGGACGCUGACGUGGCUGCGGGAGACAGGUCUGCUGAAGCGCGAGUGGACGCGCUGGGUGGCGCAGAAACCGCGCUGCCUGAACCGCGACAGCGGCUACGCCGAGGUGGGCCUCACUGAGGUGUCGCCCGCGCUGCUCAUGGUGUGCUACGGCGUCGCCGCAUCCCUGGCGGCGCUGCUAUUCGAGGUGCUGCUGCACAGGCUGGUUGCCGCCAGGCAGGGGCACCACAAGAGGCAGCAGAAGCCCGGCACCGACAACACACUGGUGCCCAGGGCAUUCCUGCGCUGA